AUGUCUGUCCUUCCCAGAACUUUCCCUUCUCUCGCUCGACUAGCUUCCACCUCUGCCGCUGGAAAGCACAAGGUCGUAGUUAUCGGUGGUGGUGCUGGUGGUCUCGCUGCAGCCAACCAAAUAUAUAACGCUUUCCAGGCUCAAGGAAAAGCUCUCGCUGACGGUGAUGUAGCCAUCAUCGAUGCCGCUAAAAACCACGAUUACCAACCCGGUUGGACUAUCGUGGGAUCCGGUCUCGCUUCAAAGGAGACUUACCGAAGACCUCUUGAUUCUCUCAUCUCCCCUCAUUUCGCUCACAUCCCUCAAAAUGCCUCCAGCUUUGAACCCGGGGCCAACCAAGUCGUACUCGCCGAUGGAAGCAAGGUGUCAUAUGAUUUCUUGGUCGUAGCUGCCGGUAUCCAAAUAAAUUGGGACAAUAUCAAGGGAUUUAAGUCUGCUCUUGCCGAUCCAUCCAAGUCCAAGGUAUCUUCGAUCUACUCAUACGAGACUGCAGACAAGACAUGGGAUCUAGUACGAAACCACAAGGGAGAAGGAGAGGCUAUCUUCACUCAACCUUUCGGCGUAGUCAAGUGUGCCGGUGCACCUCAAAAGAUGGCAUAUAUGGCUGACUCAUACUGGAAAUCUCAAGCCGAGAGCUCCAACAACCACUCAACCUUCAUCACCGGUAUGCCUUCAAUGUUCGCCGUUCCCCACUACUCCAAAGCACUCGACGCCAUUAGACAAAAGAAGGGUAUCGACGCUUUGUUCAACACCAACCUCGUCGAAAUUAGACCAGAUGACAAAGUCGGCGUAUUUGAAGUCGUAGCUGGUGAAAACAAAGGAAAGAAGAUCGAGAAAGACUAUGGACUACUACAUGUGGUUCCUCAAAUGGGUCCCCUUGAUUGGAUCAAGAAGUCACCCCUCGCAGAUUCAGUCGGUUGGGUAGACGUUGACGCGGGUACUCUUCAGCACAAGAAAUACGAGAAUGUGUUCUCUCUUGGUGAUUCUUCUUCUCUCCCUACUUCAAAGACUGCUGCUGCUAUCACUGGUCAAACUCCAGUUCUCACUCACAAUCUAGUAACACUCAUGGAGACCGGUAAAGUCGGCGACGCUAUUUACGACGGUUACACUUCAUGUCCGUUGUUCACUGGUCGAGGAGAAUUGUUACUCGCAGAGUUCAAGUACGGUGCUCAAAGGAAAGAGAGUUUCGGUCGAUUUGUUGAUCAAUCUGUCCCCAAUAGACUUUUCUACCACCUCACCAAAGACGUUAUGCCCCGUGCAUACUUUUCACGAAUGUUGAAGGGUAACUGGUAUGGUCCACGAACUAUUUUCCCCCCUCAAUUCUUGCCUUCAUAG